GUGACCAAUGAGCUAAGAUAAAGUGGGGAUUUGCCUAGCAGUGAUUUAUAGAUGGCCUGGAGCCAAUGUACUGAAUGUUCUGAAACAGGGGCUGUUGAGGGUGGCCCGUUUUGGCAUGGUAUUAGAGAUACACUGCUUGGAGUUCCCGCCAAUGAAACACAGGACUGCCACCAUCCCAAACCUAUUCUCUUCAGAGUGGUGAGCACUGUUCUUUUUCAGCCUUUUUCCAUUGCAGCCCCAGUGCGGCCUGAGACUUUCCAUGGGAUUAAACUGUGGUGUUACCCUAGGGAAAUUGUGUUUCCAUAGCUAGGGCUAUGUCAGUGUACUGCACAUGAUGUCACCAGCAGUGGGGAGAUGUGACCGUGACCAUGCCGUUCUCUCUGGCCUAGAUGACCUGGCCCCUCCCCUGUCACCCAAACAUUGUGGACGUCCAGAUGAUCACCACAGGACCUGUGGCCAUUGUGACUAUCCCUGGAGAAAUUAUCACCAUGCCAGGGAGGACAAGAGAGGCCAUCAAGCACGAACUGGAAUGGGAACAUUCAAUAAUGCAGAGGUGGUCGUCACUGGCCUGUGUAGCAUCUACUCAUUACACCACCACAUAUAAGGAGUACCAGAUCCACCAUCUCUGCAUAUAUCCAGAAGUUUAGACGCCAUUGGAGAGGUGAGGAGCAUAUGCUGCACAGUAAACUGGGAUGUUGUUCACACAGAUGCAUCUUGGGAGACAAGGUAGAGUACUUCCUGUUCAUUCAACUUGCUCAUUUCAUACGCACUGUAUAUCAGACACAAUCCAUUUGAGUAGGACUUGAUAUCCUUUUAAUGGCCGCUGUAAAUGAAUAAAUAAAUAAUUAGCGGCGUCUGGAACUCUAUCUGGUCGGUUUGAUUAUUUGGAUGAUUUAGCGUCAUUCACAUCAGUCCUUAUUUCUCAAGGACCUCUCAUUGAUAGAGUUGUCAGUGUUUUAUAGGUGAUUACCACCACACAGUUUAAAGGUCCAAUGCAGCCGUUUCUAUCUCAACAUUAAAUCAUUUCUGGGGAACAAUUAAUUAAAUACUUUCCUGUGAUUGUUUUCAAUUAAAAAUCGUCAAAAAUGCUCAAGCAAGAAUUUCUGGGAGAGGUCUGACUAUGGGGUGGGAGGGGGAUCUUAAUUAAUUGCAAGCAUAAUAAGUAUUUUUGAGAGGAGCAGUGGUUGGGCCAGAUGGUUGGUUUUUAGAGCUUGUUUUCCCCAAAUAGGGUUAGAUUUAACCCCAUCCAAUGAGGUCAGCGUUGGUCUACUGUUAACCUCCAUGGUGUGGUCAUGAUGAGCAUGUUCUAAAGACCAGAACUCUCCUGCGCCAAGAGCCUGAUGUCUCUCUGUGUGACAGUAACGAGGUCACAGUCUCUUUGAUAAGCUCAGUCAACAUCAGCCUGAUGACAUCAGAGGUAGAGGUGGGGGGAAUGGAGGGUGAACCUGAGCCCUCAUGUCUCCAGUGUUCUUGUCUUUUUUUCUUGUCUUUUCUCUUCUCUUCUCUCCUCGUCUCGUCUCCUCUCCUCUCCUCUCCUCUCCCAAUAGGUUUCACUGGGUAAAGAAUGGAGCGGAGAGCAACGUUACCAUUGAGUGGCACAUCCCGCUGUCAGCCCAGACUGUCUCCUACCGGAACAGACACUUUGGAUACUACAAACACAGGAAGGGGAUGUGAUCCCAGUGUAUGAGGGUGUGUCAGAGGUCUUCAGAGUUUCCAAAAUAACAUAUUAUUACUAACUGCUGGUCAUUGAUUAAGACUAAAUAGGGCACAUUAUAGUGUACACUUCUAGUGGCCCAAAUUUGAUGAAAAAUGUAUGUUCUCUAUUUCAAUGCAGUUCAAUGUAUGUACUGUAUUGAAGCACUAAACAAGAACGGCCCUUCAAUACGCAACCAGCCUUUGUGUUGACGGGCAACAUGCCAUUGUGCCAAAUGGGGGCUGUGCUCAAUAGGGGAAAUAUGUUGAAUGUAGGGCAGCUUUACAUUUACAUUUUAGUCAUUUAGCAGACGCUCUUAUCCAGAGCGACUUACAGGAGCAAUUAGGG